AUGAAGCAGCUCAACGACCUUGUACGCGAGUGCACCCGCAACAUGUCGGCCGACGCCAGUGGCUUGUGGCUCUCUUGGGACGAGCUUGAAGGCGUCCUCCGACGUGUUUUAGACAGGCUUACAGACAAAGGACCUGUUGUGGAUAGUGAUAUUGGCAACAAUGGCAGCGACAACAUUGGCAAACUUUGGCUCCCAACCAAGGUUGCUUUUAGCAGCCCAGUGACAGCCAGUGCAACGUGCGAAGCGACGAGGAAGAAAGUGUACUAUGCCGUGGUUAACCGGAUGCUUGUGAACGUUCCACUGUUUCGUGAAGUAGUGCUGCUACGCGAUGAGACGGCUCGCAUGCUCGGCUUCCGCCACCAUGCUGCUUUAAAGGCGGCAGGUAACAUGAUGCAGACGCCCGAAGCUGUGCGUCAGUUGCUGUCCGAGAUCUCGGAUGUAUUGCACCGUUUGGCAAGCAUUAUCCGCUACCGCAGCCCCGAGACGCACGAAGAGCUUGAGGCGAUGAAUCUGACGGAACUCUUCAAUCGAACCCGUGCCGACAUAUACCAGAUUCACGGCGGGGAGGCGUUAGACGAGGGUUGGGAAUGGGGCCACGGUGAAUCCGUAUUUCGAAACGUGCUCAACGGCUACGACGCUGAAUACUGCAGCUACAUUCUGGGAAGGGUGUUUGCGCUGGACCUGUUUGACGUCGGGUUCAAGCAUGACUCAACAAGCAAAGACGCGGGACGGCGAUACCGAGAUAUGGUGAUCGUCAAAGGUGGUAGCCAGCCGGAAAUGAAAACCCUGACGGACUUCUUGGGCCACAGGCCUAGCACGGGGCCUUACCUCGCAUGGUUAAGGUCACCAUAG